GUGGGCGGGCUCAGUUUGCUCUCGCCGCCCGCCCCACCACCACCAGCAGCCGGAGGGCGCCGCGGCAGCCGAAGCGCGAUCGAUGCCGGGAGCUCGGAGGAGGCGGCGGCGCUGCUGAGCGAAGCGCGGGGGGCGGCCCCGCCCGGAGAUGGGGAUUCUCAGCAUCACGGACCAGCCUCCUCUGGUCCAAGCCAUCUUUAAUCGUGAUAUAGAGGAAGUACGGUCAUUGCUGAGCCAGAAGGAGAAUAUCAAUGUACUGGACCAAGAGAGACGAACCCCUUUGCAUGCAGCUGCAUACGUGGGAGACGCCCCUAUUCUUGAACUCCUAAUACUAUCAGGUGCUAACGUUAAUGCAAAGGACACCCUUUGGCUAACCCCGUUACACCGUGCUGCAGCUUCUCGCAAUGAGAAGGCACUUAACCUCCUCCUAAAGCACUCUGCGGACGUCAACGCUCGCGACAAGUAUUGGCAAACACCACUGCACGUUGCCGCUGCCAACAGAGCCACCAAGUGUGCUGAGGCCAUCAUCGCCCUGCUAAGUAGUGUUAAUGUGGCAGACCGCACCGGCCGGACAGCACUGCACCAUGCUGUACACAGUGGGCACAUUGAGAUGGUUAACCUGCUCUUAAAUAAAGGGGCCAAUCUGAGCACAUGCGACAAGAAGGAGAGACAGCCAAUACAUUGGGCAGCCUUCCUUGGGCAUCUGGAAGUCUUGAAGCUGCUUGUGGCCCGAGGAGCUGACGUUACGUGCAAGGACAAGAAGGGUUACACACUGCUGCACACGGCGGCAGCCAGUGGCCAGAUCGAGGUUGUGAAACACCUGCUGAGGCUUGGAGUAGAGAUUGAUGAACCAAAUUUCUUUGGCAACACUGCACUUCACAUUGCCUGUUACAUGGGCCAGGAUGCUGUGGCCAAUGAACUGGUCAACUACGGCGCCAAUGUCAAUCAGCCCAAUGAGAAGGGCUUCACCCCCCUGCACUUUGCUGCCGUCUCCACCAACGGAGCCCUGUGCCUGGAACUUCUCGUCAACAACGGAGCUGACGUGAACUUUCAGAGUAAAGAAGGGAAGAGUCCUUUGCACAUGGCUGCCAUUCACGGACGGUUUACACGCUCUCAAAUUCUCAUACAAAACGGCAGUGAGAUUGACUGCGCUGACAAAUAUGGCAAUACCCCCCUCCAUGUUGCUGCUAGAUACGGCCACGAGCUGCUAAUUAGUACUUUGAUGACGAAUGGUGCUGAUACUGCAAGGCGUGGGAUCCAUGACAUGUUCCCCUUGCACUUAGCUGUUCUCUUUGGAUUCUCAGACUGUUGUCGUAAGCUACUUUCCUCAGGUCAGUUGUACAGCAUCGUCUCUUCACUUAGCAAUGAGCAUGUGCUGUCUGCAGGCUUUGAUAUCAAUACGCCAGAUAACCUCGGGAGGACCUGCCUCCAUGCUGCUGCUUCCGGAGGGAAUGUUGAAUGUCUUAACUUGCUGUUGAGCAGCGGAGCUGACUUGAGGAGGAGAGAUAAGUUUGGAAGGACUCCUUUGCACUAUGCAGCCGCUAAUGGCAGCUAUCAGUGUACGGUGACAUUGGUCACUGCCGGAGCCAGUAUUAACGAAGCUGACUGUAAAGGCUGCACCCCCUUACAUUAUGCUGCUGCUUCGGACACUUACAGGAGAGCUGAGACUCAUUCAGGAAACAGCCAUGACACUGACGAGGAGCCACUGAAGGAGUCACGACUGAAGGAGGCAAUCUUUUGUUUAGAGUUCUUGUUGGAUAAUGGUGCUGACCCCUCUCUCCGGGACAAGCAGGGAUACACCGCUGUCCAUUACGCAGCUGCCUAUGGCAACAGACAGAACCUUGAGUUGCUCCUGGAAAUGUCUUUUAACUGCCUGGACGAUGUGGAAAGCACCAUUCCAGUCAGCCCUUUGCACUUAGCUGCCUAUAAUGGUCACUGUGAAGCCCUGAAGACACUUGCCGAGACCCUGGUGAACCUGGAUGUGCGGGACCACAAAGGGCGGACGGCUUUGUAUCUUGCCACGGAGAGGGGCUCCACGGAGUGCGUGGAGGUGCUCACCAGCCAUGGUGCUUCUGCUCUUGUGAAGGAGAAAAAGAAGAAGUGGACUCCCCUACAUGCUGCAGCUGCCUAUGGGAACACCGAUUCCUUACAUCUUCUCAUUGACAGUGGGGAGAGAGUCGACAUCACAGAUGUCAUGGACAUCCAUGGACAAACCCCGUUGAUGUUGGCGAUCAUGAACGGCCAUGUGGAUUGUGUCCACCUCUUACUUGAGAAGGGAUCCACAGUGGAUGCAGCAGACAGGAGAGGCAGGACUGCACUGCACCGGGGGGCUGUGACUGGCUGUGAAGACUGCCUUGCAGCACUGCUGGACCAUGAUGCCUUUGUAUUGUGUCGGGAUUUCAAGGGCCGGACCCCGAUCCAUUUUGCCUCGGUGUGUGGGCAUUCCGAAAUCCUGAGGACCUUGCUGCAGGCAGCGCUCUCUACUGACCCUCUGGACUCUGUGGUGGACUAUAGUGGCUACUCACCAAUGCACUGGGCUUCUUACAGCGGGCAUGAAGAUUGUCUUGAAUUGUUACUUGAACACAAUCCAUUUGCAUACCUAGAAGGAAACCCCUUUACUCCAUUGCACUGUGCGGUAAUUAACAACCAGGAUGGCACUUCUGAGAUGCUUGUGGAAGCAUUGGGUGCCAAGAUUGUUAAUAGCAGAGAUGCCAAAGGAAGGACCCCCCUUCACGCUGCUGCCUUUGCAGACAACAUCCAUGGUUUACAACUGCUUUUGCGCCACCAGGCUGAGGUAGACGUGACUGACCAACUGGGAAGGACCGCUCUUAUGAUGGCUGCUGAGAAUGGCCAGACCGCAGCAGUUGAGUUUCUGCUGUACAGAGCAAAAGCGGAUCUAACUGUGCUGGAUGUCAACAAGAACACAGCUCUUCACCUGGCCUGCAGUAAGGGUCAUGAAAAGUGUGCCUUGUUGAUUCUGGGGGAAACCCAAGACCUUGGCCUUAUCAAUGCAACUAACAGUGCUCUGCAGAUGCCGCUCCACAUUGCAGCCCGGAAUGGACUGGCCUCUGUUGUUCAGGCUCUGCUAAGCAGAGGUGCCACUGUGCUUGCUGUGGAUGAAGAAGGCCAUACCCCAGCCUUGGCUUGCGCCCCCAACAAGGACGUGGCCGACUGCCUGGCACUUAUCCUUUCCACCAUGAAGCCUUUUCCACCAAAAGACGCCAUCAGCCCUUUCAGCUUCAACCUCCUCAAGAACUGCAGUAUUGCUGCCAAGACAGCAGUCUGUAGUGCCCUGCCCAACGGCAACAGCUGCCCCUACACCAAGGAUAGGCACAAUGCCAUCGGCUUAGAUGGCUGUUACUCGGAGUAGCUUAAAAACAAACAAACCACGAUGGGUGAUCUAAUAUCUUCUAUUUAUUUAGGAAUUCUAUAAAUAUAGGACACUUUAAAGGAGAACAAGACUGGAAUGGGCCUUCCAAAAUGGCCUAGGUACCAAAAAAGAUAGGGAGAGAGAGUGGGGAUCUUGGCUUCUGCUUCCUGUUUAGACCUUUGCUUUCACCACGAGCAUCUCUUGCCGUCAAAGUUAACAAAAAGCAAUGCCGCUCUCAAAACAAAUCCGCAGCGGUCCAUUUGCAAUACCUUAAACAGUUCUGUUUGAGUCUAAAUCAGCACAGAAACUUGCCCAAAUGCUGUUGCCCUUCGUUUCUGAGGCCACGGCCUUGGUAAGAUUUAGGGAACGGCCAGCUGUUUAAAUUCCAGUUCCUCUUGCUUGCUGCUUCUGGGAACUGAAGGAAGGGCCAAGCCAACUUAAUUUCCUGCAGGGAUGCUUGCCGAUUAAUGAGCACAUCACACGACUGGAGGGGCCUGAAUUUGAAAUAAAAAUAAAAAUAAAAAAUCAGGCUCUUAAAACAGGGUGUCCUAGCGUUCCCAUCUCCCUCCCGCUUUGUGGUAACUUUCUGUGUGCUGCCUGACUUGAUAACGUUAAAUUUUGUGGGUCGUGCCGUUCUAGGCAGGGAGCAGAAGCCCUGAACCUCUUGGUUUUAUUUGGCAUUAGGCGUUUGAUGAACGAGGGACCGCCAAGAAGGGCAGCAGCUCCCGGCAAAGUGCCACUAUAACUGCUCCUUUCUCUUUUUGUUCGUUUGGUUAUUUUUGUUCGUUUGUUGUGCUUGCCCCCCCCUUUUUUGAUUCCAGUGAAAACACUUGAAUUGAGAACUACUGUACCUGGGACACUAUGAUACCUUAGGCAGCUCGUACUCCCUCGUAUGCAAAAUGGGUGCUGUUGCCCAGCUGACGCGGUCCUCUCUGACGAAACUUGCGUAUGCGCUGCCAGAAUUCAUCCCUACCAUAUCAGGCACUUUAGGGAUUUUUCUCUGUUUUGGAGACUGGUUUCUGUUUGAGGCAGGCAGGGGGUGGGAAGGGUUACGAAACGUUGGAUCCCCAAAGAGAAUUUCCUUCGCGGUUCUCUUCCCCGCAAACCCCACCCUCGGUGUGUCGCUCAGUGUUUUCCCCGUUUAGACAAGUCAGUGUUGCUUUAAAGAAAAGAGAUUAUUUAUAAAGAAACAAGCAUUUAUCUUUUUAAAAAAUAGCAAAAAAUGAGAGAGAGCUUUCUGCAAGUUUCACCUUUUUUUAAGGAAAACAACGCACUUCAGAACCGUACAAUCCUGCAGUUGUAUUUAUACCCCCGAAUGCCAUCCAGAAGGCUUCAUUAGGACAAUGUGCACGUGGGUGUUUGUAGGGAUGCCUGUGGGGUUGGUGUAUGUGUGCGUAUGCGUGUGUGUGUUUUUAUUUUAAAAAAAUAUAUUUAUAAAAAUGCAGGUUUUACGCAUUUUGAGUGUAUGCACUGUUUUUUUUUUCUUUUCGUUUUUUUUGUACUGUAAAUUGUAUCAUGUGUAGAAACUAACAACAAAAAAUAUAUAUACCAUAUCACAAGUACGUUCAAAGCCAAAGAUUGGGAUGUAGCAAUCGGCUGAGGGCUGCCAGGGCAAACUUUUAUUUUUUUAAUCCAACAAUCUUCUUUCCACCUCCUUCCCAGUCCUGCAGUGCUAUGCUGGUGCCUAUAGAAUUACUCUCAAAACAUUGCAUGUUUGGACCAGUGAGCUUGUUAGGGCUAGUAAUUCCCCAACCAGCUUCUCCUUAGGGAAUCAGCUAGACUGUUAAGGAGAAAAUAUGAGCCAGGUAUGUGCUUGAACCAUCCUGCUUCAUGGUUUAAAACGAAUUACUGUUUCUUUAACCAAAAACUUAAAACUGAAAGCAGUCUCUUCGUUUCUUUCUUCUUCUUUUUCAUUUGACGCUGACGUUAGAAUAGGCACCAGUUCCAUUUCCAUGGCCUCACUUCCUUCCUUCCUUUUUAUUUUAUUUUAAGCGGAGCUUAAUCCUGAUGCAAGAAAGGCAAAAACUGAAAUCUAAAGUGAGAAAACCCACCCACCCCCCAUUCCCUUUUGGCACUGUUUUUAAUAUACCAAAGCCAAACUCCCAGAGCCAAAUACUGAAGCUGCAACGUUGUCCUUUGGUGAACAGUGCAUUUUUAAAAGAGAGGUUCUCCAUUUUCUUUUUUUGUUUAAUCCCCCACCAAAUGGACUUUUGUUUUCCCCACAGACCACUGCAUAUCAUCUUGAGUCAGCUCUUCAAGCACCAGCUAGCUGCAUGUCUCGUUGGUUUGCUGCAUACGGAUAGGUUGCAAAAAUUGGGGGCCUUAAGGUAGCGAGUUCUAGUCUUCUAACGAACCCAGCCAUUUCCUUCAACAAAGCCUUCCACAAAGACUAGGGCGCUACUAGCUUAGCUUUUUUCUUUCUUUGAUGCCCAAGGAAUCGUGAGAGAUCUUUUCACCGCAGCUGCUAGAUAUGAGCGUAUUAAGGUUUUAAUGCACUUGCCAAAAAGCACAGCAACCGCCUGUUGCAGAUUGGCCAUUAAUUAUUAUUAUUAUUUUAGCUGCACUACGGUCGGGUUAGUUUUCUCUGCCCUCAGUUGCUCCAAGUUCUCUACCUUGAAAGAAAGUGUUAACCUUUCUACACCAAAAUACCUCACGUUGGAAUAGAAGUGAACAAAACUUGAAUGAAAGUUUCCCCCUUUCCUCCCCGUCCCCUACUUUUUCAAUACAGGAAGGUCCUUUUCACUACUUUUGUAGAGAGGGAGAGCUGAAAAUAACUUUAAACACCUUGUUUACAUUGUUCGUUUUGUUUUUUUUUAGGUACUAGCAACUUGUAACUUCUUCUAAAGGCCUAAUUUUGAACUGCCGGGCCGUGGCAGGGGUAGGGGAGGGAGAAAGGGAGGGAAGUUGUAGGGAAUUAAGUCUGAAGCCACACUUUCUUUUUUAAAAAAAGGGCUAAAUUUAAUCCUCCUUUACGGACCAGAAACAUUUCUGGAGGGCCUUGAGGUAUUUUCAAGAAACUGGGGCAGUAGGGAGGAAACCUAACGGUUGUGCUGCAAUUUGGAAAGACCUUAACCCUCUCCCUCAUCCCUUGGAUGUGACAGACUCUACGCUCACAGGUUUGUACCAGGCAACAGAUAGCAUUUUCCUGUUAACCCAGGGGAAUGGGUAUUCCUAUUGAGAAAGCACAGCCUGUUAAAUUGGGGUUGUUGCUGUGCCUGUUUCCACAGAAAACUCUGGUGGAAUUGGUUGUGGGGUGUUACAGAAGUAUAGGGCCCAGGAAAUCGGGCUCCUUAGGCAGUAGCAUAGUUGCUUGAAUAUCAGAUGUGCCCAUCUCAAAUUUUAACUGUGUUUUGAAAUGGCAAUGUGGGAUGUGGAGAGACAGAGGAGCAGAAAUGAGCAUAGGUUUUCAAGGAGCCUUUCAAAAUGAGGGAAUCUUCUAGCCCUAGUAAUACAUGGAUUGUGCUUGCAUUUUAUUUUAUUUUAUUAGGAUUGUAGAGGGUUGUUAGGCACGUUUUUUUUAUUAACUGAGGAAAAAUGAUGAACUGACACUUGAUCUUUUUUUUAUUAAAAAAAUUAAUAAUAAUAAUAGUACCUAACAUGCUGAUAAUGUGUUCUUUUCCUCACAUGUCAACAUAAAAAUUCAAUAUAUGACAAUCAAUGUGAUCUCUUUAAGGGCUUCAGUGUUCUUAGUUCUGUAGCAUCAUGCAUUAAUAAUUUUUUUUUACGUUCAAUUUUGCCCCUGUUCUUUUUUCCUUUUCCUUUAAAAAAAAAAAAAGAUGAAGAAAAUGGAGUGGAAAAAUUCCAGCAGCGCAUACGUGAAUUAAGAAUAAAUUUUGUGGGGUUUUAAUUUUGUUUUUGUAAGGAAGGGAAGGUAGGCCUCGGGUGGGUGUCAGCGAAACGUGGCCAGUUCUGUUGCAGAGUUGCCAGUCUUGUUCUCCUUUAAUACUGUAACGUGUACAUUUUGACAGCACAGCUUGACAAUUUUAAGUAAUAAUCGAAGUGGCUGGUGGUAAUAACUUGCAUUAUUGUGCUAAGAUGAGAGUCGGUUUCCCUAGUGCAUUGUAAAAGAGGGCUGGAGGCAAACUUCCUUUUCCCCCCUUGCUGUCUCUCUCCCCUUCUCUCCCCCUGCCCAGUAUUUUGCAAACACAUUUGGCUUAAAGAUGUGCAGUAUUUUCCACAGGGUUGGGGGAGAGGGGCAGGCGGGAUGUUGUUUUCCUGCGCAUAAGGUUCUUGCUGGCUGUUGAUUCCCUGUUGCCUCCCUCCUUAGGAAUGGCCUAGGUCUGGACCAUGCAUCUUUCUCUCAACCUCAAAAGGCACCACCUUUCCAUUUCCCUCCAUUUGUCUCGAAAGCAAUCAUUGGGCUUCCCUCCUUAAACCCCGCCAAAUAAGGAAGUUUCUCUCCAACCACCUUUCUCCAAAGCACUUGCUUUACACGUAAAAUAAGCACUUUUGUUUAAAAAAACAACCACGAGGGUCUCGUUCCCCCUCUUUAUAGCAACCCAUAGGAAAGGCCAGCAAACAAGGAAGGGGGGACCAGGAGGAGUCUGGUUUCUGUUUUGUUUUGCAUGGGGUGGGAGGGCAGUAUUUUUGUUUUUUUGUUUGAAUUAACUUCAUGUCUCUGGAAAAUUAAUGAACAAAGGGAAGUUGUGUUUAAAAAAAAAAACAGCACAAAUACAUUUCAGUUUGACAAGUGUAUUUGCACUGCCAUUGUUAGAUAAAAGGGCCACCGGCAUGGAGCCCAGCUGAGCCAUAUAACUAUUGACAAACACUGAAUGUAAAUGUCCUUGUAGAGGGCAAGUACUGGGAAACGAUAAAUUGAUCUUCUAUUCCUAAACGGGCACUUCGUUGAAUUUGAAAUAACUAAUCCUGAUGAAAUGAUGCUGUUCUCUUUUGCUUAUUUUUGGUUGUUUGUUCCCCAAAUUGCUGGAGAUUAGGAGACCUUUCCUUAGUUUAAUUCUGAAUCAUUUGUAAGCUUCCUUUGCCCCUGAAAAGGUGAGUGAAAUCAUGGAGUAUAGGCACCCCACCCCAAGAGUGCACAUUCAGCUCUAAGGUAAGACAUGAAUUCUGAGUGGGCUGGUUACAUACGUCCCGGAACAUCAUCUCUCAGUUCGCAUCCAAAAUCCCUGCAUGCAGUCAGUUUUAGUCUUUGUGGUUUUCAAACUGUGUUCCACAGAGCCUGGGGGAACCUUAUGAGAAGGUCUGUAACAGCAAAGUGCCUGAUGGCAGCUUGCUCCCCACGACCGAGCUUCUCCCACAUUACUCGGCUACAGGGAAGGCUUGAGCAACUUUUAGGGCUAACUCCCAUUUGUGCAGGACAGCAGAUUUGCCCAGCUGAUGCAGAGUGUGAACUGAGAGUAGACCCAAACCCCAGAAUCCCUUGCAGUGUGCCAGGGGGCCACCUUGGCCAGAUGCAUUGAUGUGAAUGGGUUGGCAUUUUAAACUGCAGCUUAAAUGUACUAUCUUGUACAAUCCGUUCAGACUACAAGCCUAACUCACCUUUGCCUUGAGGUCCCCCCCCCUUCCAAGUCCAGGAAAAGAAAAGGGGUGGACAGGUGGGUGAGAAUCUGUGCUGGGAACACAGUUGCGAAAACAUUGGAUCGUUCAGUUAUUUAAAGCAUCUUCCCUUGACUUGAAUUUUUCUGGAUGCUCAAUAUUGAGCAUGCAGCAUUUUAAGAAUCAAACGUAGCUUCUGCUCAAUUUAAUUUCUUGGAAACUGUCCAUGUUAGCCGGAAGAAGAAAAAGUGACAGUGGGGAUGUGCUUUAAACAAAAAAAUGUUUCCCAGCUUAAGCCAGAAGGACAUUAAUGGGUAUUAGGGAUUCCUGUGAACCUUGGAGUGAUGAUUACAUUUGAAUCAUGAAUAUUGGGUCAAAAAUGAGUCCUUGGUGUUACAAGAGGAAGAAAGUAAUCCGGGGGGAGGGCAGGAAAUGAAUUUUAAAGGACUCUUCAAGGCAUCUGUAGCAAGUUCUUGGUGUCUUUUUUCAGUAUCCUAUGUGUAAAUGCUGCACCUAUGUAUAUUAUGCACAUAAACAUUUCUUUUGAAUAAGAUAGGACAGACCUCAUCACCAGUCAGGUAUAAACUACUCUUCCUCUUCUGUGUGUCAGAGUUCCAGUUUGUGUGUUUGUGCGUCUGCGUGUGUGCAUCUGUGUGUGACAAGCAUCUUUUCAAAUUCACUUUCGGUGCAAAGACAGAAGGAUUUUAAAAAGAGAGAGAGAGAGAAAUAGCCUUACUUUUAACCCCAAUCCUAUUAGUUUGACAACUUGAAUAUAAUAAAGCAAAAUUGCAUGAAAGCCUUUGAAACUAGCCGAGCCUUGUGUGUACGGUGGGUGGCAGUAAACUUUUUUCUAAACAAACAAAAAAUUAGUAUGCAAUUUCAGCCACGUGUGGCUCUUUCUAAAAGUCCAGCUUUCUUGUUUUCUGUAAAGGAUGGCACGGGUUGAUGAUGCCAACUUGUGCCUGCCUUUGCCUUCUCAAAACCUUUGGGAGUUGUGGGGUUUCUCCCCUGACUUGAUUGGAAGAAAGACCUUUUUAGCACUGCAUGAAUAACCUCGAGUUGUAUUUUCCUUUUUUCAUGAGACCAGCAUUUCCAGAAGGUGGUGAGACUUUGAAAUCCUCUUCAGACAUCAACCAGACAGGCAGCGUAUAGACACGGACUGUCUCUCUGUGAAUUGGAGGUGCUCUCGCUUGUCGCUUCACCACUCCUUUCUAGGGCUCUGUAAGGGCUUGAGGGUGAAAGUUAAAGGCUUUCCUUUCAUGCUAAUUACACUGGAAGUAGCAAAGACAAGCCAUUGACAUCUGUGCUCAUAAGUUAGUGUUUAAUUAGGAGGACCAGCAAACAUCACUGCUUGUGAUGGCAAUAAACUGGAAAAAAGAGGAUGACUUUUGCCCAAAGGGCAGAUUAAGCCCCCAAGACCAAACAUUUUGCAAAGCAUCAGGAGAUAGCCUUUUAAUUCGGGUUACUACUUCUGUUGCAUUUUGAUGUACUGCCUCAGUCUGUGUGUGGGUUUUUUUAAAGUUGUCUGACUUGCAUAGGUGAUUGCUGCAUUUUGUAUAGAGCAGAGCUACAGAUCAUACCUCCAAACGGAGAUUUCCCAUCAGCAGAGUUAGAGACUACCUCAGGAGAAAGCACGAAUUGACUUGACCUCUGGAAGCGACUCCUGCAUCGUCUCUUGGCUUCGGGUUGUAGAUCUGUAUGUGUGUUGAGUGUGUUUGUUCAUCCACUCCGUGGGGAAUAAUACUUUUUUUUUUGGCCCAGAUCCGUCCUGGCUGCAGUGUGGUAAAACCAACAUUGGAUCAGUCAGCGCGAUCAUGCGGGCAAUGAAACACAAGUCUGGCUACUUGGUAUAUUAGGAUUCGGCCAGAGCCCAUUCCUUCAAAACACACCUGCUCCUGUUAAAUGAAUGAAACCCCUCCAAUAGUCCUUCCUUUGAUGUAGAUAUAGUCAUAGUCCAACCAGGGCAGGGAGGCAGCACCCCCCAAAGUCCAUGUUGCAGCCUAGAGAACAAGCCUGUGAUACUUGCGUUGGGAAGGAAGUCUAGGCUCUCACUUUCUGGGCAUUGCCUUAAUUCCUGUAUUUUGCACUAAUGUGUUGUCUGGCCAGUUGGUGGGUGUCUUAGGCAAAAGCGGAGGGGAGGGGGAGAAUACAAAAGAAUGAACAGUGUGCACUCUGGGUGGGAAGGGGAGAGGCGAAGCGUUGCGAAGUGACCAAAAGGAGAGAGAAAGCCAGCCUUUUCCGAUGUUUGCAGGGAGCCCGGUGCCCAAACUCAGGUGGCAGGAGGAGAGGAGGUCCCUGUAUGCGCUUGUGUCCUGAAGACACACUGCUUGCAGUCACGGCACACCUUUGAGAAGGCUGCUACGGAUAGGCUAGGGGGUAUGAAAUGGAAGGCCUUUUUGCACUGACAUACAGAUGAUCAAAGAACUAGCUUUCCAAAAGGAGGAAACCAGAAAACGCCACCCCUCAUGGUGAUAACUGGAAAGGCGAGGAAACCUUUGCAGACCGAAAAGCAAAUAGGGCAUUAUUGCAUCCGGAGUGCUAACGGUCUACUGUGUAGUAUUUUUGAAAGGCAUUUUUCAUUGGUCCGCUUGAAGGUACGUACCCAAAAUGGCUGCUCGUGUUUGCAUUUGUGUCUUGAACAUGGUUAACUGCCAAAAGGUUCCUGUUAUGGACUGGAUGAGCUUCGGUUGGUCCAGGCGCUGUACAUACCUACUGCUUGUUGACCCUUGUGCAGGUGACUUGAGGGAAACGCAGCCAAAUGUGUUCUCCUGGCAUGUCCCAUGGUUGCUUUCUCUCUCUCUUUCCCCCUUCCCCUUCUUCUGGGUGUUUCCCCUUUUGACACCCCCUCCGGCUUCUGAUUCUGUAGCUGUUUGGGGAUGUUGUCCGGAAGGUUGUUUUAAAUAAGAAACGGACAUUGUGUCGAAAUGUUAAUAACUUUAAAUAAAUAAAUCAUUCCAGAAGCUUUAGACCUCUAGCACGUAACUUGUGUUUACAUUCAAGAAGCACGUUGCAAGGUGAUAAAACAAAUUAGACCAAUUGCUCUUCCAUCUUCCUGCGGUGGAAAAGCUCACAAUCCACUAGGGGCCCUUUUCUAAGGAUCAAUGGGCAGGUGCGUUCUUAUCGGAAGGCCUUAUGCUCAGAAAUUGGGCACGUAUUACCCAGCAUUCCCUCACCCAUCCUGCCUCACACCUGAAACCAGGUGCGUCUCUUUCUCUAGCACUGGGCCUAAAGAAGUUGGGCCUUUCUCCUUCCCCUUGAUCGACGAUCUCUUCCUUUUUUCAUCCCUCUCCUAAAGGAAUAUUUAACGGGGUGGGGGAUUAGGGUUUAUCUCGAAGACACAAACACACACAGAGUUCUGCAUCUUGUAUGCAAGCUCGCUUCCUAAACUGAGCUCCCCUUAGAUGUAAAGCCUUAUGAAUGCAUAUGAUUUAAGUCAACAUAACAACCUGAGUAUAUUGCAUCUCAGGUGUAGUGAAGAAAUACAAAUUAUUAGCUGGCCUCUUCUGUCCUAAUCUAGCCAUCUCCUCUGUUCCCACAACUUGUAUAACUGUUCCUUCCUCUUAAUGCAUUUAGUUUGAAGCACCUUCCUCCUCUCUUCCAUCUCAUUGAUGUUGAAUAGUAAGGCUUGAUUCCACCGUUUCUGGACACUGUCCUAGUGCCUGACUUGCCUUCGUCACGACAAAAAUGUUUAGCUCCUUGUCAUGCUUAGGGGACUACGGCUAAUAGAUGCAGCAGUUUUUGCAUGUGGAAUUAAAUAACAUUGCAAUCUAGAGUGCCUGCAGGGUACAGAUUUUCCUUUCUGCAGUUUUGAUGGAAACCAAAGGUUCAGUCAGUCUUUGCGCAGCCACCAGAAAGGGUAUGCUGUUUGCUUUGUACUUGCCCAUUCGUGUCCUCCUGCUGGUUUAUUUGUGUCUGGGAGCUCUUAUCCCAAGGCAGCCCACUUCCUUCCUUUAGUACCUGCGAAACCUUGCCUUGCAGACCCCAAUCUCCCACAUUUCGGAAAUGAAAAAGGAACUUUACACAGAAAGUCUUUCUGCUUCUGCAUUUGCCAAGGUUCUGUGCAUCUGUUUAAUGUGUUGUGCAUUAAUUGUUUAAUCCCUCCCCUUCCACCUGUUCCCCUCAGUGACUUGAUGUCAUGAGUGUGUGUUGUACAGAUUGAGAAUUUUAAAAAUUGCACUAAAUAUAGCUUUGUGCCAGUUUCUGACCUUUCCUUUGUUUAGUCUUUAUCCUCCUUUUUUCAAACCAAAAACUCUUCUGUUCCUGGAGGAUGAUACUAGUGGAUCUGUUCUUUCUUUGUCCUUAAUUUAACAGCCUCCUCUCUUCUCACUCAGCUAAGGGGUACCACGCUGGAUUUUUUUCGGUUGCAAAACAUCUUAAUUCCUUUCAUAACUUUCUCCAUUACAAAAAGAUCUGUUUGCAAUUAAUUAAUACUUUGCUAAACUAGUAUCUCAGUCUUAGCGGCAUCCAUUUGCAGUUCCAAUAUUUGCAGGCGACUUAAAAUAUAGGUGUAAAACUUGAGAGCAACAGUGUAAUUGGAUGAACUCUCCUCGUUUCCACUUGGAGGGUGGGAGCUAACACUGGGCAAAUAAUGGAUAGGGCAGAGCUUCUCUACAUACGUGUGUUGUGGUCCUUCCAUUCCAACGGUGGCUUUUCAGAUGGGAACAGGAAAUGAUCACUGUUUCCUGAGCUCUUUAAUUGAGAGUAACAAGAGAAUCAAGGGCCAGCUUCUUUCAUAAGCAAUUCCCAGCUUAACUGGUUCAGCCUUGUUGUGAAGGACCGGUAGGAAUUUGAGAUUGUAAUGGUUUGCUUCUGGGCUAUGAUGUUCCAUUCUGAAGUAUUUCCUUGAUGCCGUGGGAGGCCCAGUGGACUUUUGCUGUUCUGCUGUUGCCCACUGUAUUUGGUUACUUGCUCGAGGCUGGUUGUGAGGGAGAGAUUUCCGUUUUCAGAGUGCACAUGGUCCUCCUUCCUGCGUAUCUUUGGCACAAUUCCCCUGGCCAUGGUAAUUAAGCACAAACAGAGAAGUUUUCCACAACAGGGUCACUAACGUAAGAACCUGGCAGUAACUCCGGGUCAGAGCCCAGCUGGCUAACUUGCAGCGAAGUUGCCUUCUUGCCAUCUCCGCACACACAUCCCUUCUCACCGGUACCAUCCGCAAGAAUUCAUUAAAUCCUUUGAGGCCUCGGGCGCAUCAUUGAUGCACAUAAGAAAGGAAUGUAUGCUGUGAUGAUCUGGUGAGAGUUUGUUGAUGCAGGGAUGCAGCCGUCAUCGGGGAGCAGCUUAUACGACUUUUCACUGUUCCUUAAGUUAGUAGAGCCCAGCAAAAGAUACCAUUUGGAGCUCAAGUUAUUGGGAGAGAACCGGGUUGCCUUGGCUCACACCGUCACUUGUCUUCCAGACUGGGGAAAGACUGUCCCAGGUUUUAAAAUCUGCAAAAUGUGAAGUAGAAAAUUUCCAAACCUCUUUUUUUGGGGGGGGGGCGCAAAAACUGUCAAAAUCAGGGUGAUCCGGGAAAACAGGAUGAAUGAGUUUCUGCACUAUAUGUUGCAUGGAAAUAAUAUGUUGCACCAAUGAGACGCUGCUGUAGUUUAAUUGUCUUUGGACAUGUGAUCCGAUGCCCUUCAUAUUUCUGUCUUUGAUAGUCUUGCUUUGCAACUGGGAUUGGGGCUCCAUUUUGACAAUCUUGACACAGAGCUUAACAGGUAAACAAUAUCUAUUUGCCUUGGUUGCAUAAACUCCUCUGACGAACUGCAUUUGUUGCUUAGGUUUCUUGAGGUGGAGCUGUGGUCUUUUAAUUUUUGGGGGGGUGCGUGUUAUCGUUAGCGUUCCUGUUGCAUGUUGUGUUUUGAAUUGCUUGGCCGUGCUGUGUCUGCAACUGAAGCCACAAAUGGUUGAGCUGGAGUGUGUGGCGGCGAUUCUUUUGAAGACCAGCAGGAGCUGCUUUUGUUACGUUCUGUUCAUUACAGGCACGCUCAGAGAGCAUCCAUGCUUUUGUUUUGCUGGGUGUGCGCUUGUCUUAUAGCAAUACUCGUUGGCUCUGAUCCUGCGGGCACUUCAAAAACUACCUGUGCUUCAAAACAAAUUUCUUCCUUGGGAGCAGCAAUAAAGGGGUGGGAUAGGGUUGGGUGAGGGAAAUCAGUUACUGUGUUGAGGGUUUGUAGCCUGUUGUAUAGCUUGCACUCUUGAAUGUGUUUAGUGGGGGGGGGGGUUAGCUGUAAACGGAAGGAUUUUGAAGGAUGGAGGUCAGACCAACAUGAGCACUAAUUUCACUCCCAGUGAGGGUUUCAUUUUUGGAAGCCCUGGUUAUUCACUUAUUCUUUGCAUCUUUGACCUUGUUCAUUCUUCCAGUUGUGUUCCCCCUCUUAACAGUUGCAUCCACCCCCCAAAAAAGAUUACUUUGCACUUGGACACACAGAUGGCGUGUGUCACUCAAGGGGCGCUCUAAUUGUGUGUUUGUAUUUGUGUGAGGUAGGUACAGCCAGUACGUUGUGGUGGUCUUCGUAGUAAUGGGUGACUUAAAUGGAGUAUGUUUGCAUGAGCCUCUUAAUUGUGCUUCUGGUCCUUACUCCACCUUUUCUCCCCAGUGGCAAGGCAUGCAUCUGAGCCGCGGAAAGGGUUAGGGGUAUAGAACACUGUUAUACCCUUGGGCUGCAGCAUCCAAGGGCCCCUAACAUCCCGAAGGGAAAUUCUGAAUAAUUUUCACCUACAGUGGAGGGAAGGCAGUACAGUAUUCUUUCUGCUUGACCUGUAACUGCUGCUUGUCAGAGGAAGCCUUUUGUGGAGUGGGAUGAAUUUUCUAAUGCUUGUCGUUCCUGUCAAAUCCUAAAGGUGUUCAGAGAAAAAUAUGUAUUUCAGUUCAGCAUUCUGUUAGGUUAAUCUAUGUAUUUGGGGUGAGGUUUUAAUUCUCUAUCAGCACCCUCCACAGCCUUUUCUUUAACCGCAUUCAGGGCCAGUUCCUUUUCCCUUUAUUUAAAAGACUUGAGCGUUGCUUUUGCUGCUGUGCCUGUUCUUCAGGGAGCUUGCCAUGGGGGGAGAAAGGUACCACUUCAGAAGUCUUCUGCAGGCUUCCUUUCAGCUUCCUUUUCCUUUAGAGUAUUCAGCUGACAUCUGAACACACCCUGGCGUCCCAAGCUUGCAAAGGCUGAGCAAAGGCCCAACUGACAUUGGGCUGUGAUAUUCCACGUUUGCCCUCUUGCUUCCUUUCCCUGCCCCCCCCCCCCCCGUUAAAGUGCUCCCCACUCUGGGCCACAGCCGUAGGGAUUUUGAGAUGCAAGGGGACCAGCAAUUUAGGAGAACCUGUGUGAAAGAGUGGACUUGGGGAAGGGGCAUGGAACUUGCCAGUUCUCCUCCUUACGUUGUCUGCCCUAGGUGUGAGCACUUUACUCUGUGUGCGUGUGUUCAGUAAAAUGAGUUGCAAGUGUUCUAGGACCAGAGGCAUAUUACAGUUACUCGUUUUUUCAAUUCUGCCCCCCUCUCUCACACACACAAGCCCAGUGGUCAGUUUGCCACCACCCCUAUGUCGCUUGGAAGGGAGCAAUCCCUGUGGCAAGUACAAUGUCUGCACUGCCUCUCGAAAGAAUCCCGGGAAGUAGAACGCUCUGUUCUCCCUCCCUCUCUCUUGUGUUAGAGCCAUGCUGGCCAUGCUGUGACUCUACCACCUCAAACAGCUGCCCAGACUCGCCUUUAGUUCUUUGAUUUUAUUUUGCCGGGCCAGUGGCCAAACGCGUAUUUAUAUUUAGGGUUGCCCCACCAAGCGCAGAGGAGCUCUGCAAUAACUAGCAUAUUUAGAAUGCCUUGGUUAGGAAGGGGCAUGUCUUGAUGUGAGAUUCUGUCACCUUUUCAGACAUUAAUUUAGAGGGGACGAGGGGGAGAGCAGGUGGUCUUACCUACCUCUUGCAAUAAUAAGAAGAAUAACAAAAAAAGGAGCAGGCUUGGGCACUGUAAAAGCCUUCCUUGCUCUUCAUCUUAAAACACUAAGGGCAGACAUGGGAGUCCAUGCAAGGAAAAAGAAAGCUAUAUAGGGCAAGAGAGUUGCACUGGAAAAUACAUUCCUUGCUCUGUAUUGGGUCUGUUUCCUCCUCCUGUGAUAACUUCAGCAAGCAUAAAUUUGGGUGGGGGAUAGAAGAAGCUAGGUCACAAAUCAACACCUCACACUUAAAAGAUCUCCUUUGUUUCCUGUUCAAUAAGUUUGGGGUCGGGUGGGGAAGAAGAGUACUUGUGAUUUCUCCUUCAGAGCACUAAACCUAACAACCCUGCUGAUCAAAACCAGCAUGCAGCCAUGUUUACCUCCUUGGAGGCAGGGGCCUUAAUUGGGAGUUAUUUGGCUAAGGCGGACUCUUUUUAAAAAAUUAAAAAGAUAUGCCUUUGUUUAUAUUUAGGCAAGCUUGAAAGGGUGGACGGGGAGCGUUGCUUUUUGCAGAAUGGCCGCGGGGAGUGCAAAUGGAAGUGCUGCGUACAAAACACUCCCCCGCUCCAAACACACCCCAAAAAAACAAACACCCACCCCCAACCUAUUGGCCUUUUGAUCCACAGUUUUUGGCAGGGAGGCUUAACUUUGCACCGUGGUCUUGUUAGUAGUGGAGAACUUGGACCAAUGUUUAGAAGAGACUAAAAAGAGGUGGGGGGGGGUAGAAAAGACACGUUCAGAUCAGCUCACAGGCCUACCUUCCUGCUUGCAGGUACACGAUCUUCCUUCAAACUGGUUUAAAGCACAAAGAGAUAAACUCAAAACAAAAUGCUCCCGCAGCGGGUGUCUUGUGGGAGCUUCCAAGGCAAAUACCACACACACGCAAAAACCAGUGGCCAGUUCCAGCCUCCAUGCAGCAGAGGGUCGUCCCCCCCCCAUGUGUUCCGAUGUGCAAUCAAAGUGUGAAUCUUUUUCUACACCCCACCUUAUAUCUAGCCCAGAGGCUGCAGCCGCUUCUGUUUGGCCGCUCACCUUUCCACCUUUCUCAGUGGUUUCGUUACCUGCCGCCGCCCGCCCCCCCGUUACUCCUCAGUUGGGGGGGGGUUUCUUGACAAAAUGAAGCACUUGCCUGUGUGUCAAAAAAAAAGGAUAAACCUACGUUCGGUUCCUAGAAGGAAAUGCAGACUUGUCAAACCCGCCACCGACACUUUUCUCCCGCCUGGUUGUUCCAUGAAGUAAAUAAAUUAUAUUCAAACUUCUAUAUAAAUAUAUAUUGGAGACCAAUAAAGAAAACGAGAGAGCUACCGCAAGCCAUCCACCCCACCCCCCUUGUCCACACCCCCCCCUUGCGCAGUGUGAAAGCCACCUUUGUAUAAGCGCCCCUGAUGUGAACCCAAGCGACUGGUUACCUUUUUUUUGUCUCUGAUGUUACAAUAUGCAUUUUCAGAAUUUCUGCAUCACCUUUUUGGGGUUAGGGCAAGGGAGGGAGGGGGUCAACCAGGAAUUAAGUAAAUUAAAAUAAAUUAAAAAAACAAAAGCAUUCAGACUUGAUCUAUUUUCUACAAUGUAUGCUGCGACCAGGUCCUGUUAUUCAUAUUGUGGCUUUGAAUCAAUUAUGUUUAUUAAAAUGCUGUUGCUUCUA